UUUUGACCUAAGUCCGUCGACAUCUUGAGUCCAAGGUCCAACUUUUGCAAUUUGCAAAAAAGAAAAAAAAAAAAAAACCAUGAGCGAGAGAGAGAAAACCAGUAGAGAGAGAAACCAGCCACAAAACCACCACCUUCCUCACUACCAUCUUCUUUGACGGGACGGAGGUAAACCACACCUUUACCCUGUGAGCGAACCAGUGAGGGAGCGCAACUAUCACCCUAAAUAUCCAAAACCAUGCAAUAGAACUCAGUUGGGAUACGAUAGGACUCAGAAAGGGACAGCCAAAGGACAACGAGGAACAUUUGGAGGUUAUGGCAAGGGAGUCUUAAAGCAAGCAACAUCCUUUUUCUUCACUAACUUUCCGGAGAACUGGGAAAUCAGUGAAAUGUGGAGAACUUUCAUUAAAUGUGGAAGGGCGAUACAGGUGUAUGUGGCAAAGAAAAAAGACAAAUGGGGACGUUGCUUCGGAUUUGUUCGAUUUCUGGAGGUUAAGAACAUAAGGGAGAUGGAGAUCAAGCUGAAUCAAAUCAAAGUUGGGGAGCAGAUGAUUAAAGCAAAUGCAGCCAGAUUCUCUAACUAUGAAAACAAGGAAAAACAAAAUACUCCUUCUUCAUUGCGACCUGGGAUAAACAGAAAGAUCACAGUGUCUUAUGCAGAAGCGGUGAAAAAUGGGGUAAGGAAUCAAACUGAAGUAAAAAAUAGGGAACAGAAACAUGACCGGGGAAUUGAGAGGUUUAGGAGGAAGUCAGAACAGGGUCAAUGGCAGGGACUUGAGGUGCAGGCAGAGGAAGAAGAACUGAAAUGGCUACGGGAUUGCUUUGUGGGUACAGCAAAGAGCUUGGUGAUCAUUAGCACUCUUCAAGACAAAUUUCUCAUGGAGGGAUAUUUCUCUGCAAAAGUAACUCCAAUGGGAGGGAACUUGGUCUUGAUUUCAUCCGCGGACGCCGAAGAGCUUAAACAUUUAGUUGAACAGGGGAAGGAUUGGCUAGCUCAAUGGUUUUCCAAUGUGAGACCAUGGAAGCCUAAUGAAGUAGCUAUGGAGAGGUUCACUUGGUUGAGAUGCCAAGGUGUUCCUUUACACAUCUGGAAAAGCAGUUUUUUUGAAACUGUGGCAUGUUUAUGUGGGAAAUUCAUCUCCUUGGAUGACAGCACAAUUAAAAAGAAAAGAUUGGAUGUGGCAAAAAUCCUUAUCUUGACUUCUGUUCAGGAGAAUAUACAAAAAGUCCUAAGAGUCAAAGUUGGUGAGAAGAUCUUCCAGAUUCGGGUUAGUGAGGAGGUUGGAGUUGAUAAUCUUUUCAAUUUGAAAUCCGACUUUAACUUGAUUAGUGAUGGAGUAACAAACUCGGAGGAGUGGUCGGAUGAGUCUAAUGGUGAAUUCUGUAAUGAGGAGGAAUGGGAAGGCGACUGGCAAGUACUAGAGGAUGAAGAUGAGGUGCUACAACGCUCGGUGACGGAGGAAUUUGCUCCUGUUGAACCAAGAAGAUCAAUGACGAUGGGCAAGGAAGAAGAUGGAGUAUCGAACAAGCUUCUUACUCAUGAUGACUCAUUAAAUGCAGUCAAUCAAAAUUCAAAUUUUGUGGCGGAUGGUAGCAAACAGAUAAGCAAUAGACCUCAAAACACCCCUAUCCAAUCAAACCUGUGUAUUGGCCCAAGGCAGAAUUCCUUGGAUUUGGGCCAAAAACAACACAACCAAAAUGAGGCUUGGCCCAUAUGUGGAGAAAAGGCCAAGACGGAUACUUUAGCAUCUCCUAAAAGAAGCAGCAACAAAAGGGCCUUUGAAGAUUUAAGAUCAAAAAGAGAAGGGAUGGCUAAUAAUGGAGAAAAUCCAAACCAGAUCUCAGAAGAAAGUGUGAGGAGCAGGUCAAGGGCAGAAAGGCUAGCGAGAGAUAGAAAGAGAAGAAGACAGAUGGAGAGAAGGAUGAGGAAAAGAAGUGAGAUUAGAAGGCAGAAGAAAAAGGAGAGCAGAAAUCGGGUCUCACCUAGUGAAGCUUUAACCAAGAGGGGAGAAGCAUGCAACAGUCAAACUAUUAAUUCAAUUCAGAAGCAAGAUUCGAAGAAAAGUUGCUGGAGAGAAGCAGAAGAACUAUGGUCGGUGGGAAAGCAGCUGGGUCUAGUAGACAAGAAUAACGUAGACGAGGUGAUCCAAAGACUCAAGGAGAUGGAGGAAAGGGAUCGUGCUGCGUUUGCUACCCAAAAAAUGGUUACUAAAAAAAGGAGAGGAGUGAAGGAUUUAAUCAAGAAGGAAGGAGCAGAUAUAGUCUUCAUUCAAGAAUCGAAAAUGGAGGUAUGUGAUGAUAGGAAAUGCAGAUCUAUUUGGGGUGGGGAUAACUGUAAUUGGGUUAUGAAAUCAACUCAAGGGAGAGCUGGAGGGAUUUUAUGCAUGUGGAAUUCUAACUUGUUUGAAGAAAAAUGGAGCAGCUAUAGAGUAGAGGGAUGGGAAGGAUUCAAGCUGAAGGAGAAAUUUAAAUUGCUGAAGAAUGACUUGAAGAAAUGGAAUAAGGAGGUAUUUGGCCACAUUGAUAGGAAAUUGGAGGAAAUUAGAGAUGAGAUAAAGAAGCUUGAUGAUAAAGCCGAGAAUGGAGUGUUAUCAGCUAGUGAGAUUGAACAGAGACAAACUUGCUUUCAGCAAUUCUGGGAAUGGAGUUCAAGGAAAGAUAGCUUGCUGUUCCAGAAGUCAAGGCAGAAAUGGCAACAAGAAGGUGAUGCUAACAGUAAAUUCUUCCAUGGGUGUAUAGCUAAGAGAAGAAAAAGCAAUGGGAUUGAUGGGAUCAUGAAGAAUAAUGUCUGGAUUGGGGAAGCUUCCGAGGUGAAAAAAUUCAUCAAAGAAUAUUAUGAAUUAAAGUUUCAUGAUGAUGAGUGGAACAGACCUAACAUUGAGUUUAAUGAAUGGAAACAACUGAGCUCAAUGGAGAACAAUUGGCUGACUGCACAGUUUACAGAGGAAGAAAUAAAGGAGGCCGUGUGGAACUACAAUGGAAAUUUGAUGAUGGAAAAGCUAGGAUUCUGUUUGAAAUGGAGAAGGUGGAUCAAGGAAUGCUUAUCUACUUCAUCUAUAUCAGUUCUGGGGAAUGGUAGCCCCAUAGAGGAAUUUAGCAUGAAGAAGGGACUGCGACAAGGUGAUCCAUUAGCCCCAUUCCUGUUUCUUAUGGUGGCUGAAGCACUUAAUGGGCUUAUCCUCAAAGCAAAAGAGAAAGAUUUGUACAAUGGAGCUACGGUGGGAACAGAAGGACUGGAGGUCACACACCUACAAUUUGCUGACGACUCUAUAUUCUUCUGCGAGGCAUCAAAAGAGAACAUAAAGACAAUCAAGGGGAUUCUUCGUAUUUUUGAAUUGGCUUCAGGACUCAAGGUGAAUUUCUUCAAAAGUGCCUUAUAUAGAACCAAUGUGAAGAGUGAGGAGACCAGUGAACGGGCCGAAACUCUUAAUUGUUUGGAGGGUUCUAUUCCUUUCAAAUACCUCGGAAUCCCAGUCGGUGCUAACCCGAGAAACAUAUCAACCUGGACACCUGUUGUUGAUUGCUUGAGACGGGGGGAUAGGAAGAUUGCAUGGGUUAGUUGGGAGAAAGUAUGCAAUAGUAGAAAGGAUGGGGGAUUAGGUGUUAAGGACUUGGAGAAAUUUAACAUGGCACUCUUAGGAAAGUGGCGAUGGAGAUUGGUGGUGGAGAAAGAAGCUUUAUGGAACAGGGUAGUUGAGGCCAAAUAUGGGAUUCACAGGAGAAGGGAUUGGGAAGGGAGGGAGGUGAAAAUGAAUAGCUCAUACUGGUGGAAGGCACUGUGGAAAUUAGAUAAAGAAAGAGGAAGUGAUGAGGGAUGGGUGUACAAGGGAGUAGUAAAAACAGUGGGGGAGGGGAAUGAUACCUUGUUUUGGCAUGAGAAAUGGUGUGGGGAUGCGCCUUUUAGGGAGAAAUUCAAUAGAUUAUUUAGAUUGGCAAAAGAUAAGGAUGCUUUAGUUAAAAAUAUGGGUGAAUGGAGAAAUGGAGAAUGGAUUUGGAAAUGGAGUUGGAGUCGGGAAUUGCUAGGACGUGAAAAUACUCUUGUGCAGGAUCUUAACAGGCUAUUGCAUGGGAGCAAGCUGGAAUAAGGACAACAAGACUCCUGGAGGUGGAAGUAUGAAUCGAAGGGAACUUACUAAACAAAAUUUGCAUACACCCUAUUAAAAAGCAGCAACAGAGAGGCAGACGCAAGAAGGUUUAGUAUGUUAUGGAAUAAUAAGGUGCCUUUUAA